UCUUCAAUAACAACGGGGCCCUCGCGCCAGCGGCGGCGCCUGUCCGGGACGGAUAGGUACGUUAGAUGACUGCGGUGCGCUUUGAUUUCCGACCCUUAUAUAUGUGUUUUCAGGUAACACACCUACAUUAGUGUUAAAACUCACGGCUAAAAAUUCGAAUGGAUCGUACUUUUCACGGUGAACCGGCGUCUUAUUGCGACUGAAAGUGCUUGUGCGUGUCGGAAAUUUGACUCCGACUAUCUUUAGGAAACGGGACCUGUGUCUUGCAUGGACCAUGGCAGUGUUCAGUUCUCAAGUGCUGCUCGCUGUGACGAGAUCCAGGGGGACCUACUUGCUUUCAAAAAGGCGUGGCCGCUUGUGCUUGCCCCCCACGGCAUGUGUUCGAUACCACCUGGAACUUACUACGCAGCCCGUGGGCCCCUCAUGGUUAUUACACCCCCACCCCGUGUGGACUCCCGCCGGCUCUGCCUGCACGCCGGCUCGUCCCCUCCACACCUCCUGCGCCUGGUUCCAGGAGGCUAAGGAGAAGCCAGCCGAGGGCAGCCCUACGCAGAAUGACAGCCCUCCUCCAAAGGAUCCCGACCCCGUCCGCCCUGCCCCCACCCCUAGCGCUGCAGAGAUAAUAGUGGCCAGGAAAUCCCUCGGCCAGAGGGUGUUGGACGAGCUGAAGCACUAUUACCAUGGAUUCCGCCUCCUGGGAAUCGACACGAAGAUCGCCGGGCGGAUGGUGUGGCAGCUCCUGCACGGCCAACAGCUCACCAGGAGGGAGAGGAGACGACUCAUGAGGACAUGUGCAGACCUCUUCCGCCUCUUACCCUUCAUGGUGUUUGUCAUCGUUCCGUUCAUGGAGUUUCUCCUGCCGGUUUUCCUCAAGCUCUUCCCUGAGAUGCUGCCGUCCACCUUUGAGACAGAAUCAAAGAAGGAAGAGAAGCAGAAGAAGUCUCUGUCUGCUAAGCUGGAGUUGGCCAAAUUUCUGCAGGAGACCAUCGCUGAGAUGGCCCGGAGGAACAAGGCCCAGGUUGGAGCUGAGACACAGAGGUUCUCCACCUACGUGCAGAAGGUGCGCCACACGGGUGAGCAGCCCACCACCAAAGACAUCGUGCAGUUCUCUAAGCUCUUCGAGGACGAGCUGACCCUGGAGCACCUGGAGCGCCCUCAGCUGGUGGCCCUCUGCAAGUUACUGGAGCUGCAACCCAUCGGAACCAACAACUUGUUGCGCUUCCAGAUGAUGAUGCAGCUGCGCACCAUCAAGGCAGAUGAUGAGAUGAUUGCCAAGGAGGGCGUGGCCACCAUGAGCGUGUCCGAGCUGCAGGCGGCGUGUCGCAGCCGGGGCAUGCGCUCGCUGGGCCUGACCACGGAUCAGCUCCGGCAGCAGCUGCAGCAGUGGCUGGACCUGCACCUGAAGGAGAAUGUGCCCCCAUCACUGCUGCUCCUGUCCCGGGCCAUGUACUUGACGGACCUCACCCCCAAAGCCCCCAUCAUCCCGCCCGUGCCCAAGCUAGAGGUUCCCUCGGGUGCCUCUAAAUCUGACCCCCCGGUGCAAGCGGAGCCCCUGUCGGCCAAGCUGGACCCCGCUACUGUCACCCAGGACAAGGCAGAGGAGAUCUUGGACAAAUCAAGUUCAGAUGCACCACCAACAACUACGCAAGUCAUACAGGUGAAAAAUGCAGAAGCGUCCCAAAAGUCCAAGAUGAGUGCAAAUGGGGUCUAACAGUCCUGCUGUUGGCAUCGGCUUUCCUCCACGCGUUUUGCGGGAACAGACGUUCCCACUCUGCCCACUCUAUACGCUGUUAGGACACAAAGCGGUGGGCUGAGCACCCAGAGUGGCGAAGGUCCCUCCCCAGCCCAUCCUCGGACCCCACCCAGCUCCAUGUGGUGCAGCACCAGAUGGCCCGGAAGCAGCGAGGAGGUGGAGCUUUCCACGGGACUCCUGCCUCACCCUUCUGUCCCAGCAGAGUGGUCUGUCCCACAGUGGAUGACCUCUAACCUCUGACCUCAACCUGUCACUGUUUGCACUCCACCAAGAAAGGAACUAGGAGACAAAUACCUGGUUGCAUCACAAAACUCUGAAAUCUCUUUUUGACAAUAAUUAGUUUGACGCCUGGCCACAGAGCCGUAAAUUGUAUAUUUGUAAAUACUUUGUAAAUGAAGGCCACAAGUGUAUUAUAUUCAAAGCAGUCCAUGCCAAAUUUGGCCUACAGUAAAGACCUCUUCUAAUUUCAGACCACACUUAAUAUGAUGUAAAGCAAGUAAAUGUAGUAUUUUUUAAAGAUUAAACAUUUAUUUAGUUUCCGAUGAGGUAUACUAGAUACACCCUAUGGCACUAAACUUAGAUAUGUGACUUUAUGAAUGAGUGUAUGGUGUUAAUAUCAUCACACCCCCCAAAUUGCUUUGUGAAGGGGUCAUUUUCAAAAGCUUUUUCUGCCGUCUACGUUCCUGAAAUGUUACGCAUUAGUAGCUGGGCAGGGACCCCUCAGUAUGACGUGGGAUGGAUUUUGUUACAAAUUACAGAGGCAGUUUUAUAUAAAAACAAACUAAAUUUAUUUCGGCAUAUAAAACCACAGUGGUUUGAAAACGCCUAUUCUCCUGUUUAUGUACUGGUUAUUAUUCCUGCUUGUAAGUAAUAUCCCAGUGAUUAAUUGGAUCAGAUGUACACAUUUAUUUGUAAAUAUUAUUGUCCAAUUUCUGGAAAACCUUUGAAAACCUCAGAUAUGUCAAGGUUCAUUCUUUUC